AUGCGUUUGUUAGCUGCUAUUAGUGUUGGUCUACUGGGUGCUUCCACCGCUCAUGCUGUGGGUGAGUUGGCUUUCAACCUAGGUGUCAAGAAGAAAGACGGAACCUGUAAAUAUUUGCAGGACUACAAGAAUGAUCUCGAAGCUUUAAAGCCAUACACAGAUACUGUUAAGUUUUAUGCUUCCUCUGACUGUAACACUUUACAAUAUCUAGCCCCUGCAGCUGAUCAGGAAGGAUUCAAGCUAUUUGUUGGUAUCUGGCCCGACGAUGAUGCUCACUUUGCUGCUGAGAAAGAGGCUUUACAAAAGUAUUUGCCCGAGAUUAAGUCUUCCACCGUUCGGGGUUUCUUAGUCGGUUCUGAGUCUUUAUAUCGUGAUGAUAUAUCUGCUUCUGAUCUAGCCAAAAGGAUCAAGGAAGUUCGUGAUUUGCUACCAAGCAUCAAGGACUCCCAAGGAAAUUCUUAUGGUGGUAAGCUUGUAGGUACCGUUGACUCUUGGAAUGUUAUUGUCGAUGGUGCCACUCGUCCUGUCAUUGAAGAGGCUGAUUUCGUUAUGGCUAACGCCUUUUCAUACUGGCAAGGUCAAACAAUGAACAAUGCGUCCUUCUCGUUCUUUGACGACAUCAUGCAGGCUCUUCAAUCCAUUCAGACUGUCAAGGGUACCACCGAUAUCACCUUCUAUGUAGGUGAAACUGGCUGGGCUACUGAAGGCAGUAGCUUCCAAGACUCUGUGCCAUCCUUGGAUAACGCUAAACAGUUCUGGAAGGAGGGUAUUUGUGCCAUGAGAGCAUGGGGAGUAAACGUUAUUGUUUUUGAGGCCUUCGACGAAGAAUGGAAGCCAAUAACCUCCGGUAUGGACGGUGUCGAAAACCAUUGGGGUGUCUGGACCUCCGAUAGGCAAUUAAAAUACAAACUAGAUUGCGAUUUUGAUUGA